GGGCGGGGGGGCACGCGCAAUGCAUUCUGGGGACAGUAGUUCCGCCUCCGCCCUACUGGCGGCAGUUGGUGACGAGUUGCACCUUGGGACAGCCGUUUCCGGGUUCAGGAGUAUUUGCGGCGCCUGGACUUUACAUAUGUAUUUUGUCUCCGCCGGUCGUGAGUGUUUCGCCCGCGGAGGGAUUUUGGCCUAGCUGCCCUGCUGUAGGCGGCUGACGGCUAGCGCUAUGGACGUCAACCAGCCCAAGCAGGAGCACCUGCUGGCUCUGAAAGUGAUGAGGCUAACCAAGCCUACUUUAUUCACUAAUAUUCCGGUGACUUGUGAAGAGAGAGAUUUGCCAGGUAAUCUAUUUAACCAGCUCAUGAAAGAUGAUCCUUCUACUGUAAAUGGAGCAGAAACUUUGAUGCUAGGAGAAAUGCUGACUUUGCCUCAGAAUUUUGGAAAUAUAUUUCUGGGAGAGACAUUUUCCAGUUACAUUAGUGUACAUAAUGAUAGUAAUCAAAUUGUCAAGGACAUAUUGGUAAAGGCUGAUCUUCAGACAAGUUCUCAGCGCUUGAAUCUUUCAGCUUCUAGUGCUGCAGUGGCAGAACUUAAACCUGACUGUUGUAUUGAUGAUGUGAUUCAUCAUGAAGUAAAGGAAAUAGGAACACACAUCUUAGUUUGUGCAGUAAGUUACACUACACAGACGGGAGAGAAGAUGUACUUCAGAAAGUUCUUCAAAUUUCAGGUUCUAAAACCGCUAGAUGUGAAGACUAAAUUCUACAAUGCUGAGAGUGACCUCAGUUCUGUGACAGAUGAAGUGUUUCUGGAAGCUCAGAUUCAGAAUAUCACCACCUCUCCAAUGUUUAUGGAGAAGGUUUCUUUAGAGCCAUCUAUUAUGUACAACGUUGCAGAACUGAACACAGUUGACACGGCAGGGGAAAGAGCGUCUACUUUUGGCUCAAGGACUUAUUUACAGCCUAUGGACACACGUCAAUAUUUAUACUGCCUAAAGCCAAAGCAGGAAUUUGCAGAGAAAGCUGGAGUAAUAAAAGGUGUAACAGUGAUUGGGAAACUAGACAUUGUAUGGAAAACAAAUCUGGGUGAACGAGGAAGGUUGCAAACUAGCCAGCUGCAAAGAAUGGCUCCUGGUUAUGGCGAUGUAAGGCUUUCUCUGGAGACAAUACCAGACACUGUAAAUUUGGAAGAACCUUUUGACAUUACAUGUAAAAUAACAAAUUGCAGCAGUGAAAGGACUAUGGAUCUGGUUUUAGAGAUGUGCAAUACUAACUCCAUCCACUGGUGUGGAGUUUCAGGAAGGCAGCUUGGAAAGCUACACCCAAGUUCAUCCCUCCAUCUUGCACUUACGUUAUUGUCUUCAGUGCAGGGACUGCAAAGUGUCUCUGGCUUAAGACUUACAGACACAUUUUUGAAGAGAACAUACGAGUAUGAUGACAUUGCACAAGUCUGUGUAAUUUCUUCAGAAGUCAAAAAAGAAAGCUGAAGAAAAAAGUUCUAUAAAUACUUCUGCUGGCCUUUUUUGGACCAACCCGCUAUGGUUUUGCAGCCGAACCAUAUUAAAACAUGUAAAAACAAAGCCCUGAUAUAACCAUAAACAUAAGCAUGUUUAUUUAAUUUCUCUGAGUAUUUUUGGAAUGUUUUAAAAUCUUUUAAAAAGAUGUUUACAUUUUAUCUAUUGAAAAUAAAGCCUUUGAAAAAAGAGCA